CGAAGACAGCCGAAAGCGACGAAUUAUUUGUUUCACCAAAGUUUAUCAAAAAGAAUCGAACUUUCUUAUCAAAAUCAUUACACGGUAACGUCAAUCUUUUAAACCGAAAAGAAAAUAUUGAUUGCACUUGUACAGGCAAGUGUAAAACUUCAUAAUCUAUUACUUCAAGUCUAAUUACUCUUCGUUAGUAUUGUACCGUGUACACAGUGGAAAAUGUCAACGCCUAAAUCAUUGGUUGAAUAAAGAAGUACAAUAUUUGCUAGCAUUGAAAUAAGUCAAUAUGGACAGUCUGCUAGACGACUCGCUGUCACUCUCACGAGAAGUAAAUACUUUAACAUCUACGAGCAUGUCAAACUUACACGAUGGGAAAAACGCAGCCGAUAAAUCGAUUUCUUCGGGCAACGCUCCGGUCGCCGAAAGCUGGUGUGAGACCGAAGUGAAAUUCGAGAAAUGCAGCCAUAUUUGGACAAUCAAUCAUUACAGAUUUUUCCACGACGAACGAGGCGAACUUCUUUUAUCAUCUAUGUUCUCGGCAGUCACAGCUGAUAAAUACAAAUGGAUACUGGUACUUUAUCCGAAGAAUAAAAACGAUACGAAUUACAUAUCGUUGUAUUUGGGUUUGAAGCAAACGACAGACGAUUACGACGAGCUGUUCGUAAAAUUCAAAUUCUCAGUAUUGGAUGCUGAACGCAACCAGAUGCAUACUUUGAAUAGUAAUCUGCGUAAAUUUACUCAACAGUCGAAAUCGAUGGGAUAUCCGAGAUACCUGGAGAGAAAUUAUCUAUUCGAUAAGAGCGAUCAGCUACUGCCCGGUGACCGGUUAACUAUCUAUUGCGAGGUUACUUUCGCCAAAGUCAGCGAUAUUUGUAAUACUAGCGGCCAGCUAGACGCGUCUCAGUUGAAAACGACCAAUUGUAAUUUAUCCGAUAAUUUACAAACGUUGGUUAUGAACGAAGAACUGAGCGAUGUCAAGUUUAGAAUCAAAGGUAAAGAUAUUCCUGCCCAUAAAGCUAUACUGGCAGCUCGUAGUCCGGUAUUCGCCGCUAUGCUGAAGCACGACAUGCAAGAGGGUCUUAGCAACUGUAUUGAAAUCACCGAUAUCGAUCAGCCGGUCUUCGAAGAACUGUUAUGGUAUAUUUAUACGGGCAAAGCUCCCAGAUUGAAAGAGUUAGCUGCCAAGUUACUCGUCGCUGCUGAUAAAUACGAUAUAGAACGAUUGAAAGUUAUCUGCGAAGAAGCCCUGUGCUCGGAUUUAACGUUGAAGAAUUCCACAGAAUAUCUAAUAUUGGCCGAUCUGUACCGUGCCGAUAGAUUGAAGUCUCAGGCUAUUCAUUAUACGAGGAUGCAUGCUCCUAAUAUAUUGAAAACUUCGGCUUGGAAGACUGCAGUAUCGAUGUAUCCUCAUAUCGCUUAUGAUAUUUGUAAUACGAUGUUAAUGCGCGAAGGACCGCCUCAUAAACGUCAACGUAUGACUUGAACGUAUUUUUCUCGCGAAUUUGUAAACAUCAACGGACUUGAAUAAUCUUUUCUGUCUCUUAUACUUUUCUUUAUUUUUUUUCUUACUUAUUUGUGAUAGAGUUAUUCUGUUUGUAAAUCAAGUGAAUUAUUCAACGAAUUGUUCAGCUCGAUAAUUUGUAGUAGUUCAGCGUAGAUUUUUAUUUUUUUGAAUUUCGAUAUACGAAAUUAUAUUAUUAAUGAAUGGAA